AUCCUCGCAUGGCAUCCAAGCUGAUGCGAACAGGCUCCCAUCUCAUCCACAACAUGCGCACAUACUACUCCUCCACCGACCACCCCGCCCCCAUCACUUCCACCACCGCCCUCCUCCUCGGCCUCCUCUACACAACCAUCUACAUCGCUCCCUUCUACCUCUCGCCCACCCUCCGCAGCACCUCCCUCGCCUCUCGGGACUCUCCCACCAUCAUCCGCGCCCGCGUCCGCGCCGUCGGCCUCUCCUGUCUGACCUCCACGCUCAUCACCCUCUACGUCCUCCUCGUCCCGGGAGAUGCCUCACCCAGCGAUGUCCUGCGCUUACUCGGACUCUGGCCGGUGUCGCUCAUCGACUGCGUCAAAGUCGUACUGCUGCUAUGCGUCCUCUUCGCCGGCCCGCUGUAUGAGUCCAUCCUCAUCGACGACGGAUGGCGGGCGUGGAACGUGCAGAGUGUGAAGGAUACGUUCUGGACUACGUACCCGGCUUACCGGAAUAUGCUCAUUGCGCCUUGGUGUGAGGAACUCGUAUUUCGGUCGCUGGUUAUUUCACUGUACCUCCUCGCCCAGGUUUCUCCGGCACGAAUGGUGUUCCUCACGCCGUUGAUCUUCGGGGCCGCGCAUGUGCAUCACCUCAUCGACUAUGUGCGGACGCAUACUCCGGCAGGGCAUAAGGGCGUGGUGCCACCUCUCUCGGUCCUCGCGACGGGUACGCUCAUCAGCACGAUCCAGCUCACGUAUACGAGUCUCUUCGGCUUCUUCGCGGCGUUUGUCUUUUUGCGCACUGGGAAUGUGUUCGCUUCCGUGGCGGCGCAUACGUUCUGCAACUUCAUGGGGCUGCCGAGGGUUUGGGGCAGGGUUGGGUUGGGCGCGUGGCCGGCAGAAGCACGGUCUGCCGAUGGCGGACUUGGGCAGGAUUCAUGUGUGAGCUUUGGCGAUGCGCCGAUGGGAUGGACAGUGUUGUACUACGUGUUGCUGGUGGGAGGGGCAGUGGGGUUCUAUGUGUUGCUGUGGCCUUUGACGGAGAGUGGGAAUGCUCUUGUGUCGUUCUGA